GGAAAAGAACGAGGAAAAAAAACCCACGGCUGAGAUGUGGAGUGCCUCUCUGUCAGGGGGUGUUGAUGUACAUGCUGGGGUCUGAUCCUCAAUUUUAGUUGACUGUCAAUCCACGCCGCUCCACUCUUUGAGCCAGGAUCCAGGGGAAAUUCAAUUUCCGCUGCAGAAUGUCGCGGUAUAUAAGGAGGGCGCUGUCGAGUACGCACUGGCUUUGGUUUCUGUAUAGCCAUUGGUUUUAGCUAACCGGAGAUACGAUAGCGUCCUCGCGACUUGCAGCGGCGACAAUGGCGUCCCAAACCCCGAAAUCGCACUCGUUCCAGGUGUUCCGCGAUGUUCCCCCGCUCCGACAGCUCAGGCAGCAGCUGUUGCGCUCCGACCGGACAGUUGGCCUUGUUCCGACCAUGGGGGCGUUGCAUGAGGGCCACCUGUCGCUGAUCCGCCAGGCGGCGGCCGAGAAUACGGAUGUUUUUGUCAGUAUCUACGUGAACCCGACGCAGUUCGGCGUCAAUGAGGAUCUGGAGAGCUACCCGCGGACCUGGGAUAGCGACAUCGAAAAGAUCGAAAAGCUGAAUGCCGAGCUUGCGUCACAUGGACAAGGAAAUGGCGUGAAGGGUUCUUCAACAACCCCCGGACGUGUCACGGCUAUUCUGGCUCCAACAUCGAAAGUCAUGUACCCUACUCUGCCACCAACUUCGGAGAUCCAUGGCUAUGGCUCGUUUGUGACCAUCACCCCUCUGGCAACCAAACUGGAAGGUGCCUCACGUCCGGUGUUUUUCAGAGGCGUUGCUACCGUGUGCAUGAAGCUCUUCAACAUCGUGACCCCCGACCGUGUGUACUUUGGCCAGAAGGACGUUCAGCAAACCGUGAUCAUUCGGCGCAUGGUCCAAGACUUCCAUCUCGGUACCGAGGUCAAGAUCGGUACGACUGUCCGUGAACACGAUGGUCUGGCAAUGAGCUCGCGGAACGUCUAUCUCGGUGACAGGAGGCGAGCAGUGGGUCUUGUUUUGUACAGUGCCCUGAAAGCAGCCGAAAAUGCGUUCGAAUCCGGAAAGGUUAGUCGUGCAGAUAUUUUAGGAGCUGCAAACGAAGUCGCGCAAAAGGUGCUCGCUGCACAGAAAGCCCUGUCGCCAUCGGAAAGGGCCCUGUUCGAGGUGGACUACAUCUCUCUCGCAGACCCGGACGACUUAACUGAGCUUGAGGUGGUCGACCGCACACGAGGCGCCAUACUGAGCGGCGCUGUGAAGAUGCUUCCCCUGGAGGAAUCAAGCCCCGAGGAGAACCGUGGCCUGGGUGAUGGCAAGGUCCCUGUUCGGCUGAUUGACAACCUGAUCUUCAAGCCCAAGGUUUGAGGACACGUCAUAUGUACAUAUAUGAAGAUUUUUAAAAAGAAUAUAGCCAAAUUAGAAAUCUUGCCCUUAGAUAU